CUCAAAUUACUAGCUUAGAUGGUGAGUCCGUGUGUCACGUGCAUUCGCCUUCCCCCCUGAUCCCCUCCCCAUCGCCAACACCACAUCCAUCCAUCCAUUCCACGGAUUGAAAAGAAGAAAAGAGAAAGUGUGAGAGAGUCGAUCACGGAGCCCCACUGACCAGUCAGUCACCUCUCUUUGGCGGACUAGUCGGGCCUCUCGGAUGCAACACCGCCACACACACUGCAACACACCACACCACACCACACACAGUCACGGAAUUGGCUCAUCUGUCUGUCUCCUUGAGGGUCUUAAAAAAGGGUGCGUGUCUGCCGACGCGCACGUGUACUCACACGUCACGUUGACUAACUCACAUAUCAGCCACACACAGGUACUUGCACAGGCAGGCCAUGUCGACUCUUUUCAAAGCACGCAUUACCAACAGCCCCUCUCCACCACUGAUUGACGCCACCCAGACCACAGUAACAACACUAUCUGCCAAUCACGAGAACAAACCAGCACACACGCAGGGGUGCCGACAGGCACACGAGAACAAACCAGCACACACGCAGGGGUGCCGACAGGCAGCCGGCCGGCCAGCCAGCCUGUCGGGAAAAGUGACCGUGACAAAGACAUACGCUACUAGCGACCAUGUAGGUGUCUAUACCAUGUACACACAACAACCCGCUACCGAUCGACGACAGAGUCGGCACACACAUGAGGAUAACAUGGCACAUGCACAUGAAGCAUCCAUCCACCACCACACAGCCAGUCACAGACAGAACAGUGACACAGAUCCCUGCCCAUCUAUCUACUCCCGCCGCAGGUGGUAUGGGUGACCAUGGCCACCGCAGUGGCCACUGCUGCAGGGAUGGUUAACGCAGCAGACAGGCUUGUUAUCGAUCCACUGGAGGUCGCCCCUGGCGCACACGUGCUGGACGGGAGCGUGGUCGCACCUGAUGCACGUCUCCUCGUCUGCCCCGACCCCCAACACCGGCGGCAGCUCGCCGCCUCGCUUGAACUCGAGGCCAUCCGGACACGAAUGACUGAUACACACACACACACACACACACACACACAUGGGGACAGUGGAUGGGUCAGGGAGCGCUGUGCCGUGUUGCUCCGUGUUGCUUACAGUCUCUCUGCGAAGUGCUUGGCGACGCACUUGUCACCGCUCGGGUCGUAGCCAAAGGGGCACCUGAAGUCAGCCGGGUACGUCUUGGUGAUGACGCACAGAUGCCUGUGCGCAUCAAGGACGCCGCGGGGGCAGUAGGGGUCGCGGGGGGCAUACUGGAUCCUCCCGGUGUAGGGGCACUUGGUGUAGCACUUGGUGCCGUCGGCUGUCAGGUGGUAGCCGAAGCGGCACCUGUAGUCGGGAGGGCAGGUUUCCUCUGUGGUGCAGGUGGUGCCCGACAGAGUCGCGUGAGGGUCCCUGCAGUAGGGAAUGCGGUCGGCGUACUGAUACAGAACACACUGAUUGCCCUCAACCACAUAGCCCUAAGAGAGACAGACAGCGAACACACCAAUGAGUCAUGACGUCCUAUGUGUGUGUCUGGUGGGUGGGUCAACGUGCCUACCUGCUCAGCGCAGUAGUAGUGGGGCUCGUGACGGAAUGGCUUGAGGCACUUGCCGCCACCGGCGUCAUACAUGAAGCCGUGCGGGCACUCAGGAUGAGGCUCCUCCUUGAUCGGGCAAUGCUGAGCCGCUGCGAGGGGCACACAGGCCGCCAGGAGCGCCAGGACACACGCCACCGCACCACACUUCAUCAUCAUCGCUAUUGUCGCAGGUCAGGAGGAUGGCUGACAGGAGAGAGAGGGUGCAGCAAGAGAUCUGAGAUGAGCUGGGGCGCGACGUCUCUUUGUGUAGGAGAGGGAGAUCCACCUCCCUCUCCUCCAACCCCAAACUCGAAUUCGGUGGGUUCCUAAACCCGAGAAGAA